AUCAGCGAUUUGUUUGAAUCAGUGUUUACUUGAAGUGUCUCAAAGGACUACAUUCAAACGCCAGUAAUGCCGCGCGCGGUUUGCCUCUGAACGCGACUUUUGGUCAUAGCGAGCGAGCGUAGAACUUCUAAACGCACGCGCUGUUAGAUCUCGUCAUAACGGUUAUCAAAACUUCGAUUGCACGGAAUGGAUCACUAGCCAUGAUCUGGCUUAUUGUGAGCUCUGUUUUGGGUACAAUUCUAGGAAUCGCAAAGUACUAUUUUUUCCCCGAACUCGACUUAUUCUAUCUACCAAGACUUAUAUCUGGACACACCUGGGAUGUAGCCGCGCUACUAAUCGCCGGGGGGUCGCCAUCAGACAGGUCUCCACCACCAGCUCUUGAGUAUUCCGGCUCAGAACACUCAACUCACUCCACUCUCCCAUGGGUAGAGACGCUCUUUACAGGUUCACCAGUUGAGCUAACUCCUAACACCACAGCUCUCACCUCCUCGUCCCAUUCCACCGAAAUCACAACGUGGCUCGACUCGCUAGUCUGGGGAGGACUGGUCACUAUAACAGCAGUAGCUAUGGUAACGGUGACCAUUUACUUUACCAAAUGGCGAUGUCAGGAGAACUGUGACUGCGAGUGUGCUUCGUGCAAGAGGUCAAGAGACGAGGCUUCCCCUGCCCAGCCAGAGCUAGCCUGAGCUAACAAAGGCUUCAUAGUGACAUUACUCUGAUUCACAUUACCAUUAAAAAAAGCUUUUCUCUUACAAACGAAUAGAAUUGAAUCUAAAAAAAUAAUUUUGUUGUUGUUGAGAUUAAUGGGGGCCUUCUUUGGUACCUGCCUAUCCCUCUUCGUAAAUGACGGUCGAAUGGACAAAAGCUCAAAAACGAGUGUCAAACGGACAAAAGCGCGAAAACGAUCGUCAAAAAGACCAAAGCGGAAAAAUGAACGUCAAACGGACAAAAGUGCGAAAACGAGCGUCAAAAAGACAAAAGCGGAAAAAACGAACGUCAAACGGACAAAUCAAAACGAGCAUGGAACGGACAAAAGCGCAAAAAAUUCGAGGAUAGUAGCUUACAAGAAAUUAAAGCACAGUAUUUUCAAGCCUGAGCACAUCUUUAGAUCACUUACAUUUCAGCAUAAAUAUCACUUAUCUAUUUGUA